UGAUAUGGCUUCUCUCCAGUGUGAAUCCUCCAGUGUGUGACGAUAAGAUAACACUUGUGUGUAAAAGCUGCAUCACAUUCAGAACACUGAUAUGGCUUCUCUCUGUAGUGUGAAUCCUCUGGUGUGUGAUAAGUUGAUCCUUCGAUGUAAAGGUUUAUAUCACAUUCAGAACACUGAUAUGGCUUCUCUCCGGUGUAAAUUCCUGUGUGUUCGAUACGUGAUCCCUUUGUUGUCGAUGUAAAGGUUUUUCACAUUCAGAACACACUGAUAUGGCUUCUUCAGUGUGAACCCUCUUGGUGUGGGAUAGAAAAAUAAUAUGUUAAAUUAAAAGUAUAUUCACUUCCAG